AUGUCCGGAUAUUAUGAUUAUUACCAUCGAUGGGAACCACUCGCUGAAUUUAAUUUUACAUACAGCGAAACAGAAACUGAGGAAUCUGACGAGGAAACUAACUAUGUUUAUUGCUUGUGCAGCAGGGUGUUUAUUAGAGAUAGUGUGAAAACAUAUUUUGUUGACAAAGAGUAUGGUAGUGAGAGUGACAUUGAGCUGGUUCAACAGUCCCAAUCGCAAGAACUUGAUGAUCAUUCUCACGUGCAUUUUUCACUUGACACUUCAUAUAAAGUUAAAUGCGAGAAAGAUGAAAACGCCAGUUGCUAUUGUAGUGCAUCCCAUACAGAUAACUACUGCUCUACAGAUGAACAUGAUCCCACACAAAUACACAGUUUUCCCACUACAAUACAGCCCAGCGACAGUGGGGCUGACUUGACAUACCAAGACUAUCAUAGUGAUUAUAACCCACUCGACAAAAUUGAGAAAAUAGGUCUAGGUGUAAAUCAAACAGACGAAAAUUAUGCCUCUGAAGAUACAUGGGAAAAGUUCUGGGCUGUGAAUGGGGAAAGAAUAAUUUGGGCUUCAUGGAUAAAAAAAUACAGUGAUUACAUUAAUCCAGCCUACCUCAAUGACAAUCAAACAGAUGAGAAUCUAGUGAAGAAUGAUCCUGAUGAACCCUUUGAUCCGAAAUUUGAAAAUGUUAGAGAAAGAAAGUUUUCUUAUGACUCAAAAGUGAAUCCCUACAAGAAAGGGCACAAUUGUGAUGGGAGUGGCAGAAGUAGUAAACAUAAUCAAGUGAUUGAUAAAUUUGAAUGUGAUGAAACAUGGCUAUCUGUCAAUGCUAGACGCAGAUCUUGUUCAGAGCAUGAUAGGAUUGUAAGCCCCAGGACAGUAGAAGGAACGGAUUCUUUAACCAAUGUCACUAAAAUUACAAUAUCUAGUUAUGAUAUUACUUCAAGCCACGUGACAUCUGAAUCAACACCAACAGAUGAUUAUAGUGUAACAUCAUCUACAUCAGAUGAUCAAUUUAAUGAUCAGACUCGAAUUGUGAAUGAGGAAAAUUCUGAUCAAACACCUCUAGAAGAAAUGGACACUGAACAAUAUUGGCAAUUUUUAUGGAAGAAACACUUUGGCGAGAUCUAUGCGCUUCACUUAGCGCAUUAUUUAUCGUGUCACAACAAAUAUACUGAAAAGCAAGAACCAGUUGAUAAGAAAACAGAGGAAUUAAAGUGUCUUGAUGCUGAUUGUGAAAAUAGCGAAGGAAAUUCACAGGAAUUACCGUCCGUUAUCGAAGUAAGAACGCAAAUAGAGAAAGUGAUCUUGGAAGAAGAAGCUAAGCCCAAAAAGAGAAAGAAGAAGUCAAACCGUUUGCUUCAUUCAGUUGGAGCCUUAUUGCAAAAUUUGCUCCAAGAUCAGAAAGAAGAUACUAGUGCAUCUGCUGAUAGUGAAGACUCUAAGAUGAAUGACAAACAGGAUGAGAAAAUUGAAAAGUCCAACGACGAAAGUGCUAAAGCUAAUGUUACAGAUAUUGAAAAUUAUUGUCAUUCGGCAAAAACUAAGAAUAGACUAAAUAACCGACAUGUCAAUUCAAUAGGAGCAUUACUACAAAAUCUAGUUAAAAGUAAUGAAAACCAAACACCAACGGAACCUAUAGAUGGUGAUAAUAAUGCAGAUAAAAGUGAUUUGGAUUUGUCAGAAAGUAAGGUAAAACAUGUAAGCCCAGGUAAGCAGCAAGAAUUAGGAAAUAAAGAUCACAGCUAUGAUGAUGGUGAUGAUGAACCUCCUGAAGAAAGGGCUGCUACGCUCAAGAGAAGUCAUGAGUUAGAUGAAGACGAAAUGCCAUCAGAUAAAAUAAGCAACACAUUUCACACGAUGGGAUUUAGUUUUGAUGCAGAUAAAUUACCGCAAGGCGAUGUUGUAUUCAGACGUCGUAUGCGCAAGUUGAGGCCGCCGAGGUAUAAGAAGUUGCCUAAAAAGAUCUACUUUGAUGAUGAUGGAAAUGCAUACAGUUUAGACCAAUUUCAGAACAAAGUCUACAAUCAGGAAGACAAAGAAAUACAGACAGAAGAUGAAGGGCCAGAGAUUCAAUCGGAUUGUGAGAAACCAAAUGACACAGAUAAUAAUAGUAAUAAGGAAACUUGUGAUAAAGAUAAUGUAGAUGUAAGUGAAAACAAAUGCCCGGUUGUAAGUGAAGUGUUAACUGAAGAUCAAGAUUUAGAUGGUGAUAAGGAAAGCAGUGAAAAUGGGGCAAAUAAUCAAACAAAACGUCGUCGUCGCCAAAAGCGUCACACUAAAUACGACACGGAGGAAUAUAACGCACCACAUAUCCCGGAGGAGCUGAGGGGUGAUCCCAAAAUGAUGAAGUAUUGGAAGAAGCGACAUUCCUUGUUUCAUAGGUUUGACGAUGGCGUCAAACUGGAUCGAGAGAGCUGGUUCAGCGUAACGCCAGAGAACGUAGCUAGUCAUAUUGCUAAUAAAUAUUCGUACGACGUGGUGUUGGACGCAUUUUGUGGUGCCGGUGGUAAUACUAUACAGUUUGCGAAGACAUGUCAGAAAGUGAUUGCCAUAGACAUAGACCCGAUAAAAAUAGAGAUGGCGCGUCACAACGCUGAGGUGUAUGGGGUGUUACAUAAAAUAGAGUUUAUAGUGGGUGACUUCUUCCAACUGGCACCGAACCUGAGUGCUGACAUGGUCUUCUUAAGCCCGCCUUGGGGUGGACCUGAUUAUUCUGAUAAUUCACAGUACGAUAUAGAAUCAAUGCUGGUUCCCAAACCAGCUUCAGAACUUAUGAGGGUUGCCCGCGAUAUUAACUCAAAUGUUACACUUUACCUGCCAAGGAACUCUAAAACUGAUCAGAUUUUGGCUAUAGCACAGGAGGCAGGUGGGUCAGUGGAAAUAGAACAAAGUUUCCUGGAUAGGCGGUUUGUUGCUAUUACAGCAUAUUAUUAUUGA